UUGAAACAGACUCCUGCUACUUACAGCACCGUAUAGCAGCCCAGCUCUUACAUUUCCCUGCCUAACUCUGCCGCGAAGGCACGGGAGUGGGGAUGGUCCAUUGGUGACUAUAAACUGAUUCUCUUCAGGAAGCUGUGCGUUAUCUCACCAUCACUUCAAAGGUCUCGUCAGGCAGAGGUGACGCCAGGAGAUGAUUUAAAGGUGAAAAUGACAAGGUUUCCACCCCUCAAACGUUGGCUCCUUUUCUGACAAUACGGUCUGAAUGAACCUGAUGUCUUCUUUACAGUGGAAAUAAGAUCGCCGGAACAAAAAUAUUUUUUUUUUUAUUCCUGAUAAAGAAGAUUGUUGGGAAGCUCUUUCUUUAAAAUCUCAAAACUGUGCCAUAGAUGGAUUUUAAAAAGUGUUAGAUCUUUCCAAUGAACACGAAUAGAGUACUCUGCUCUUGGCUGGAUUUUUCAGAGAAUGGCAAUGGUCUCUGCGAUGUCCUGGGUGCUGUACUUGUGGAUAAGUGCUUGUGCAGUGCUGCUCUGUCAUGGGUCCCUUCAGCACACCUUCCAACAGCACCACCUGCACAGACCAGAAGGAGGGACAUGUGAAGUGAUAGCGGCACACAGAUGUUGUAACAAGAAUCGCAUAGAGGAGCGGUCACAAACAGUGAAGUGCUCCUGUCUACCUGGGAAAGUCGCCGGAACGACCAGAAACCGGCCUUCCUGUGUUGAUGCCUCCAUAGUGAUUGGGAAAUGGUGGUGUGAGAUGGAGCCCUGCCUGGAGGGAGAGGAAUGCAAGACGCUCCCCGACAACUCUGGAUGGAUGUGUGCCACCGGCAACAAAAUUAAGACCACAAGGAUUCACCCAAGAACCUAACAGAAGCAUUUGUUAUAGUGAAGGAAAACCAACCUGUGGAAAGAAAGUACAUUUUGAGAAUUUAAAACACCUUGUACAUUGACAAGCCAAACGGAUUACUUAUUUGCACUUUGACUGGUUACCAGAUAAUCAGUGUGAUUACUGUGUGUAAAGAAACAUCCCCAUAGCAAGAAGACUCAGAGUUGGCGACACCAUGGAAAGUGGGUUAUGAAGCAUUUUUUCGUGAAGCUUUUGGGAUCGUGAAGAAUGAUCAGCUAUCUUCUAAUUUGGAUCUACAGUUCCUUUGUACCAUUUGAAAUAUAUGUAUAUAUAUAAUAUUUUGAAAUAUUAUAUAUUCUCUUCAAGAAAUGAACAGUACCACAAUGUAAGAAGGCUGGUGUGGCCCUUUUAGUUCUGGGUGUUUUGUCAGUUUUGUUCUGUUCAUUAUUUCUUUUUCUGUUGGUGAGGAAGAUACGUGCCCUUGUGAGAAUUCAACAUGGUGUGGACACCAAAGGCCAGCAGCAGGCGGACUCCUGGAAUCUGAGGCAUCAAGACACUGAACAGAGCUUCCUUUAGUUUCCUACCAAAUGGCCCAAGGAAGCACAUCGUCCUGUUUUCUUGUUUUCUACCACGUGCAAUAUUAGCAUGCAAGCUUGGCUUACAUACCCGUACUUUAUAUUCAAUUGAUAUAUAAUAACCGUUCUAACCUCUUCCAGGAAAAUAUUUUUAGAACUACUAGCUUUUCCACAGAUAAGAAAAAGAGGAUUCUUGAGGGAACUGCUCCUCCAUGCUAUUAAGACUCUGGCAGAGUUAUGGUAGGAUGUAGAUUCCUAUAUUAAUAAGUCCUGUAAAUACAAUGUCUUAGGGCUUUGUAUGGCUGUCCUAGACUGCAGAAAUGUCCUCUGAUUAAAUCCAAAGGCUGGCAUCGUUAAUGACAUAGUUCUAUAGCAACAAGUCUCAUCAUGGCACCUCUUUCUAUGUUUGAUUUGCUUUUUCCUAGAGUGUUCAGAUCUCUUCUGGUGAGAUAGGAAGGCUAUGAAAGCAAUUAGGUCUCAGAAUGAUCGAUGUGACCAAAUUUUGGACAGCCCUAUUAAAGUGGUAAAUAACUUCUUUCUAAA